UUGACACGUUCUUUUACGUUGAAAAAAUGUUGAAGACAACUACUGCCUAUUAGCAGGAUUAUAUGGCAUCGAUUGCAUAUGCGGUAGACGCACAUAGAAAAUCUUGUAAAUAGACACAAAAAACGUAAACAAAUAUUUCGCUUUUAUGUUUCUUUUUGACAAACCGGAAGUACAAAGAAACAUCAGGUAUAAAAACAAUGGAAUGGAAAAAAAUCUUUCAAAUUUUGUGCUAUGUUGUGAUUCAGGCAAGCACUCAAGAUCUUAGUGGCUUGGGAAAUUUAGCAAAGGUUUUUUCCAUACUUUCUGGUCAAAACACAUGUGAGCUAAAAUGUCCAAAAGGACAUCAGCCUACAAGAAAUCCAAGACACAUCCCAUCAAGCAAUGGGUGUGGUUCUAUGGGUAUAAAGUUUGAUGUGUCUGAUCACCCUGGAUUUACGGAAUGUUGUAACGAACACGAUUUGUGCUACGACACAUGCAAUUCAAAUCGAGACAAUUGCGACGAAGAGUUUAAAGAGUGCUUAAACAACGCGUGCGAAUUCGAAAGCAUUCAUCGAAAACGUUCGAAUGAUAAAUCGAUGGAAUGUAAACAGUUGAUCGAGUUGAUGCAUUCUGGCACGGUUGGUCUAGGCUGCGCAGCGUUCAAAGAGGCACAGCGCAACGCGUGCUUAUGUGAUGGCCGCACGUUAAGCAAAAAAGAGAUAAAGAAAAUAGAAGAACAGCAAGAAUUAUAAUUAUGUUUUUACUCAACGGGUUUUCAACCGAGUCCAAGUUCUUACGACGCCUUAAACAAUCACACGUGACAAAAAGAUAUCCGAUCAUUUGAUCGGUGACAUUUCAUAUUAUUACAAACUGUUUUCUUUUUCCUAUUGCUUCCUGACCAAACUUUAGGCUGACACAAAUUCGAAUUUUUAAAGGUAUAUUUAUUAUUCAUAACACGUAGAUUUAUAUAUUUUUAUAUUUAUUCAAGUUAUAUAAAACAUAAUUUAAACGCCGUGAAACACAGUGUAUUUUAGUCACUGUAAUAAUAUAUUUUCGCCAUUCA